AAGGGGAUAAAACUUGUAUUUGCUCCUAAAAACACACACAAAAUUUAAAAAAACAAAAAAAAAAAUACAACAAUUAAUGUAAUACUACUUGAAAAUUGAAAUCAUCCUACGUCUAAGUUUUUCCCCUUAUAGUGUUUUGCGCCGCUUCACCCUUUCCCCUCCCCUUCCACCGAAGAGUACUCUGAAUUCUCCAUUAAAGCAUACUUGCGAGCUUUUUAACCCAUUUAUGACUGUGGCGGUUCAUACGCCUCUACCUCUUUCUCAACGUUCUCCAUUGAAGCGCAGUCGACGUUCUCUGUUUAUCUAAUACUAGUAUCCCCAUUGAAGCAGCUUUAGAUUUAAUUUAUAAUAAUGGAAGACAAAUCAGAAGUGAAGGAAAAGGGUUAUGUUCCUGGACCUGAUUAUAAGGAAGAUAACAAGGAAUCUCUAAUUGAUAUUGAGAUGAACGAAGAUACUGAACUUUGGCUUAUUCAGUUGCCUGAUGAUCAAUUUCCUGAUUUUGAUGGGCAAACUGUGUCACUGAAUCUCGAUGGAGAUGGACAUUUGGGUAGUCUUGAAGGAAAAUCUGGUAAAGUUUAUAAUUUGGUCAACUAUCCCUCUGAGACGAAUGAUGUUACAGUCUUCCUAUCCUCUCCAUCUGGGCCAAAAGUUGCUGGGAAGAUUUCAAGGCAUGUCUCGCUGGUUCAUUUUCCAGAUCCAAAUGAGCUAGCCCUUGAAAAUGAAACGAAAAACCAAGGACCGAUGAGCUCUAGGACUUCAAUGACAACCUCUUCUCAUUACUUUUCGACUCCUUCUAGGAGUCAGAGAACUCCACACUCACAAAGUAGAAGCCGAUCUACGAGCAAAAGAAGUUCUCGGUCUGAAGUCACUGAUGCAUCGGAAUUUUCUAAAAGAACCCAUGCUGAGCCAUCAAGAUACAGCAAUCAAUCUGCUCAAGACUCGGGUCGAGGUCGAAGUGAUGUCACAGUUUCAGGCUCCUCAGAGCUAUCACAUCGAAAGAAGUCAAAGAGGAAGACUGAUAGUGAAGCUUGAUACUGGUUGUAAUUUGUUGAAAAAUGUGUGAAAUUCAUUUUCACAAUGAGAUUGCAAGAUUUCAAUAGAUUAGAUCCUGAAUUUUGUGUGUUUACGCACCUAUGACAUAUCAUUAGAUACAUAGUACUUCGUAUUUUGUAAGAAUUGCUUUUAGUAUGCAGUUUGAGCUUUUGGCAUCUUAUUAAGCCUCUGAUUUAAAAUA